ACAAAUGUAGCCGACUGAGUAUAGUUAAUGACACUCUGGCCGGCUGCAUUUUGUCUUGUUCUAAAAAAAAACAGUUUUUAAUCAAAACUCCUUUUACAUGAUCUCUAUUUAUUAUUUUUUGAACUUGAGAAAGGAACAUUAUCAGUUGCAUUAGAGAACAAAGAUGUCCACGUCAUGAGGUUUUGGUCCCUGGUUCUCUUGUGAUCCAACGCUUGGUCCCAACAAAAACAAGAUUUUGGCAUGGCGCCGGCUCUGCUCGUCAUCCACUCCAACCAUUUCUCACCUCCUUCUUCUUCUCCGGCGCCGAUCUGCUCUCGCCUCCGGCCGCUACCAUGGCGGCGGCCUCAAUCCCCGCUCCAGCGCCGCCUGACCAUCUCCCACGAUGACAACAAGAAGAACAGAGAGCGCUUCUCGUGCUCCCGUCUCCGCCAUGUCCGGCCGCCUUCAGCCGCCAGCGCGGUGGCGAGCACCAUCAUCGCCGCCGGCGACCAGUGGGGCAACUGGGCCUUCCUCCUCUCCGCCGCCGCAUUCGGCACCUGGGCGGAGGAGAGGACGGCAUGGGGGGCGGCGCUGAGCGGGGCGCUAGUGAGCAUCCUGACCGGGCUGGCGGCGACGGCGGCGGGGCUGGUGGCCCCCGGUUCGCCGGCCAACGGCGUCGUCAUGGAAUUCCUGCUCCCCGUGGCCGUGCCGCUGCUCCUCCUCGGCGCCGACCUUCGCCGAGUCGUCCGCGCCACCGGCGACCUCCUCAAGGCCUUCCUCCUCGGAUCAGUUGCAACUAUAAUUGGAACAAUGGUGGCUUACCUGUUGUUCCCGAUGAGAUCACUGGGCCAAGAUAGCUGGAAGAUCGCCGCCGCUCUCAUGGGGAGCUACAUUGGCGGAGCGGUAAAUUUCGUGGCGAUCUCGGAGGCGCUGGGCACGUCGCCGUCGGUGCUGGCGGCGGGCGUGGCCGCUGACAACCUCAUCUCCGCGCUCUACUUCCUCGCCCUCUUCUCCCUCGCCUCCAAGAUCCCGCCGGAGCCGAAGAAGACGACUGAAUCCGAACCCCCCACCGGCGCCGCCCCCCUCCGAGAAAAACCGUCAAUGUCGGUGGCGGAGGGCGGCGCGGCGCUGGCGCUCUCCUUCGCGAUCUGCAAGGCGGCGUCCGCGAUCUCAUCCACGCUGGGGAUCGCCUCCGGCGGCACGCUACCGUGCGCGACGGCGCUGGUGGUGCUCCUGGCGACGGCGUUCCCGGGGGCCAUGGGGCGGCUGGCCCCCGCCGGGGAAGCCAUGGCGCUGGUGCUCCUGCAGGUGUUCUUCGCGGCGGUGGGCGCCAACGGCAGCGUGGCGGACGCCGUGACCAUGGCGCCCGCCGUGUUCGGCUUCGCGCUCGUCCAGGUCGCCGUGCACCUCGCCGUCGUCCUCGGCGCCGGCAGGGUCCUGGGGAUGGAGAGGAAGGCGCUGCUGGUGGCGUCGAACGCCAAUGUCGGCGGGCCGACCACCGCGGCCGCCAUGGCCACCGCCAAAGGGUGGAGCUCGCUCGUUGUUCCUGGGAUCCUUGUGGGCAUCUUCGGGAUCUCCAUUGCCACGUUCCUUGGCAUCGGAUUUGGCGUCUUCGUGCUCAAGAGAAUUUCGGGCUUUUAGUUUUUUUGAACGAUGUUCACUGUGAUGAUCAAGUUUGUAGAACUAGAGUUUUUAUUCUUCCUUCCGAAACAGAAUUUUCAGAUGAAAAUCAAAAUUGAUUCCAAGUGACGCAA